AUCCGCGUGUGUGGAGCACGAGCCCCUCCUCUUCUGCAGGCUGCAGCGGGCCCAACCUGCCUGACUCUGCGACUGCUCCCUGCGCGCACGCCACGGGAAGCGAGGUGACCACGCGCCCCCCGCCCUGCCCACCUUCACACUCCUGUUUUCCGUACGGCACCAUGGAUCCGCACGGCCGUCAGACGCCGGAGGAUGGCUUCUUCCACCCGCGCGACGCCGACCUCAGUCAAAGGACAGAGUGCAAAGCCCAAGGUCCGUCUUCCACGCGCAAGGUACAAAAGGCUGAUCGGGAGAAGAUGCGAAGAGAUAAAUUAAAUGAGCAGUUCCAGGAAUUGGGAAACACACUUGGGAAAACCUUGUUAAGUCUUAUGGGGCCUAGUGAUGUUGAAAGUUCAUUUAUGUGGUAUUUCAGCAUACAGAGUGCCAGAAUGCACUGUUUGAAGAGGACAAGUGCUGGGUGGGUCGGACUAGUAAAACAUUUUGGUUUUGACAAAUAUCAAGAUCCAGACCGCCCCAGGAAUGAUAAGGCGACUAUCCUUGGUGACACAAUCCAGAUGCUGAAAGAUUUGACUUCUCAGGUGAACAAGCUGAAAGCUGAAUACACAUCACUUUCUGAAGAAGCACGUGAGUUGACACAAGAAAAGAACGAGCUUAGAGAUGAGAAAGCUUCACUGAAAUCUGAGGUUGAUAAUUUGAAUAACCAGUAUCAACAACGGAUGAGGGUGUUGUACCCAUGGGCUGGAAUGGAGCCUUCUGUAGUUAUUGGGCCACCUCCAGCAUAUCCCUACCCAGUCCCACUUCCCAUACCCUCUGGUUCUGUACCCAUGCAUCCGCAGCUGCAGGCAUAUCCCUUUUUCCGUAGUCAAACUUCUGGAACAAUCCCCAAUGCAUGCACCCCUUACAUGGCAUAUACUCAACCCUGUCAUCCUCCCAAUGAUCAGCCAUCUAACCAACUUAAUAGCCCAGUUGCCCAUUCAAGUAGUCAUCGGUCUAACUCUCCUGGACGAGACUGUAGAAGCAAGUCAUCUACAUUGCAGCAAGUAAGCUGUGGAGUGAGAAGUACUGGCGUUGGUGAUGUUGCAACUGAUCUGGAACUGAAAACUCCUGGUUCUUCAGGUCCCUCACAUUCAGAGAUCACUAACAAGGAUGCCUCUUUUGACUCGAAAACAAAGAAGCAAUGCAUAAAGCAGAUUAAUGGUAGCACUCUCACAGAAGGCACCAGUUCAAGCAGAUGCUCUUCCAGUGGCCCCCCAGAUGUCUCUAAUAGUGUUGGAGAUGGAUGUCUCUAAUAGUGUUGGAGAUGCAGUACAAAAUGUAGACAAUUAUAGAUUGAGAAAAGAUCUCUUCUAAGCUCCAAUUAGUCAGGCGUCAGCAUAUAUGUGAUGUAAUUUGUUGUUGUUUCUAGCUUUUCUACAUGGAAAUGCCCAGUUCCUAAUGUCAGAGGACUGGACAAACUGAGAAGCCUAUUGAGUCAGUGGAACGGUUCCAGUUAGGAGCGCUAUCCUCAUGUUUGUUAGUGGACAAAAGCUUGCUGAGAAAACGAAGAGCAAAAGCAUAGGCUGUUGCCUUCUACGAUGAUUCAAAAGGAUUUCAAGGAUUUGAUAUGCCAGCCAUGCAUUGCAGGGCUUCGGUUUUAGAUAAAUAUUUAUCGAUAUCAUGAUUCUAGUACCAUUGUAUAGUUCUUUCUGGAGUAGAGUUUUCAUAUGAAUUUCUGUCUCAAAUAAGUGGAUAACCUGAUAUUAACUAUAUUAUAUGUCGUGGCUUGACUUGCUCUGUCAA